UCCGAGAAAAGAAGAGGGUUCUGAAACCAUCAAGAUCGAUCAACAUCAAAAUAUUCAGAAUCGCGUCUAAGUUCACUUUGUAUUCAGUAUCCUACAUUCUCAGAUAUCGAUCACCUCGGGGAUUUUCAACCGGAAUAUCCUCAAUCGUCGGCGCUCCGGCCAUCAUACCCUCCUGCUUCAGUUUAUGGUCUCCUUGACAAUGUGAUACUGUGAAAGUCGACAAGCCUUCACAUUUAUCGCUGGCGAAGUUUUGAGGGCGAAUUAUAUUAUAGUCCAUUGCAAAAGUUGAAGCUUCUCUACCAAGAGCUUUGCUGAUAUUCGCUUGCACUCUGUUACAACCAUGGCCUGCACUUCAUUAUCUAUACCUAGCUCUCCGGCUUCAACGAGGACUAUAGACGUCUUCAAGGAGCAGAGUGGUCUUCGGCGAUCGCAAUCCAGCAAAGACCUUUACAGACGUGCAAAUAUUCGGAGGUCUUAUUCCGAUAACCAUCUUUGCUACUGCAUUAGGCCUAUUCAUGCUGCGUCAGCCCAACCAAAACUAAAGAACAGCCGGUCCAUGGGGUUUUUCCCCUUUCAAUUUUCGAGCUCCAUUCUACCAAACUCGGUUAGAUCAUUUUUGUUUGAUGCAGACACGAGUAAGCAUACGAGCACGGCAGAGAGGGAAAUGGAAAUGAUCGAUAACUCUAGGGAGAGCGGUGAAGAAGAAGAAGAAGAAGAUCAUGAGAUAAAGAGAGCCAAUUGGGUGGAGAGGCUUGUGGAGAUCAGAAGAAAAUGGAGUAAUAGGCAGCAAAAAGAAGUUGGGGAUGAAGACAGUGUUUGUCACGAAGGUGAUGGUGAUUGUGAAUGUGGAGAGGGUGGUUGUUUAGUGGAUUACAGUACAGAUGAAGAUGAUGGAGAGAUAACUUCAGAAAGUUUCCAAAGGUUAUUGGUCAAGGUACCAUGGUCUGAUACCAAACAAUUUUCUCAGCUAGCCUUCUUGAGCAACCUGGCAUAUGUAAUACCAUUGAUAAAGGCCGAUGAUUUGAAGAGAUAUUACGGCCUACAGUUUGUAACAUCUUCAUUAGUAAAGAAAGCAGAGGAAGAGGAACUCAAAGAAGGAAUUGAUCAGGACUCUACUCGUGUACCUGUAACUGACGAGGAAUCCACUUCAGAGGCAGCUGCAGACUCUGAGCAGAAGCAUUCAAUCCAUCCAUCUGUUGCUUACGAAAUUGCUGCCUCAGCAGCAUCUUAUGUUCGCUCGCGUGACAUGGAUGGUGGUGAUGUAGAGAAUACAUUCAGAAGUGGAGACCAACAACAACAACGAGAGGAAGGAGGGAGCUCCCCCCGAAAUUAUAAGUCGGAGGUAGCUGUUUCCUUAACAGCAUCAACGAUGACAGUCGUGGUUGCAGCAGGGGAAAAACAAAAGCAAGAAACAGCACAAGACCUUCGGUCACCCCAAUCUGCACCUUGUGAAUGGUUUGUUUGUGAUGACAACAGUACAUAUACUCGCUGCUUUGUGAUUCAGGGUUCGGACUCCCUUGCGUCCUGGCAGGCAAACCUCUUCUUUGAACCUACAAAAUUUGAGGGAACAAAUGUACUUGUUCACAGAGGAAUCUAUGAAGCAGCAAAGGGGAUGUACGAGCAAUUCAUGCCACAAAUAAUCGAGCACUUGGAUAGAUAUGGAGAGCGUGCAAAGUUUCAGUUCACUGGUCAUUCUCUUGGAGGAAGCCUCUCUCUUCUAGUCCACUUGAUGUUACUGACCAGGAACUUUGUCAAGCCCUCCACUCUUCGGCCAGUUGUGACAUUUGGCUCACCAUUUGUGUUUUGUGGAGGCCAGAGAAUACUAGACGACCUGGGUGUCGAUGAGAACCAAAUCCAUUGCGUGAUGAUGCAUAGAGAUAUUGUCCCAAGAGCCUUCUCCUGCAACUACCCUAACUAUGUGGCUACGCUUCUCAAGCGUUUAAAUGGUUCAUUUCGAUCACACCCUUGUCUGAUAAAAAACAAAAUAUUGUACUCUCCUAUGGGUAAAAUAUUCAUUCUGCAACCUGAUGAAAGCUCGUCUCCGCCACACCCUCUUCUCCCCUUGGGGAGUGCCCUCUAUGCUUUGGACAAAACUCAACAUGGGUACUCUUCAAGCGUCCUUAGAACCUUCUUAAAUUCCCCGCAUCCGCUAGAAACCCUAAGCGAUCCUACAGCUUAUGGUUCGGAAGGUACAAUCCUACGGGAUCAUGACUCGAGCAACUAUCUGAAGGCUGUGAAUGGUGUCCUUAGGCUACACACAAGAAAGAUUGUUCGUAUAGCUAGGAAACAGAGGAAUGUCUUGUGGCCGCUACUUACUUCACCAUCCCCACACACAUGGAACCAUGAAAAUAAUCUGGAGAGCGGCAGAUUGGUGACGAAGGAGAUUCUCACAGGAGUUUAAGACCAUUCUUUUGGGGGAAUCUGUACAUGCAUUUAGAGUAUGUUCAUAAAAAGUAGAGGAAUAAUUCGUUCUCUUUGUUCAAUGUACAUCUCUUACCCCCUGAACUCUGUAUCGAUAUUGCCAUCAUCGACUAAUAACACAGCAUAAAAUGUAAAAUCUUUGACACAACUAGCACAAGGAUCAAAGGCAACCACCCGAAUGUACAAGA